CCAUCUACAUUAACGAGAAAGGUUGUAAAUAUUUCGAAUCCUUUCAAAUCUCUGAAGGAGAGGCUCUUUUUGUUAUCAUGUCACUAUAAAAACGCACCUCCUUCAAGAAUUAGCAACACUUUUCAUCGAUACAUCCUACCAGAUGGUCCUGGUUGAAUCGUGCUAUGAUGGAAGGCUACACUAUUCUCUCGCUUCUUCUCUGCCUCGGUGUGGCAAGCGCCUACUCAAAUUAUGAUGUGCGACUUGCCGGGACAGGUAGCAACGCGGCGAAUGGACGGGUAGAGAUGUUCUACGAUGGAGCAUGGGGAACAGUUUGCAACGAUUACUGGGGUAUGAAUGACGCUUCGGUGGUCUGCAAACAGUUGGGCUUCUCUGAAGGUGCUUCUGCCGCUAUAAGAUCGCCCUCACCAUUCGGCGCAGGCUCAGGACGAGUCUUACUCAGCACGGUGGCAUGUACCGGCAGGGAGAAUCUACUCUACGACUGUAAUGCGAAAAAACUCGAUGCAGCAGUUAAUUGCGACCAUAACAGGGAUGCAGCAGUGAGAUGCAGAGGCACUCAAACGGCAGUUUAUCGAGAAGGAGCGUUGCGACUUGCCGGAUCAGGUAGCUCCGCCAAUCAAGGUCGAGUCGAGGUCUAUGCCAAUAAACAAUGGGGAACAGUGUGCGACGAUUAUUGGGGGCAGAACGACGCUAAUGUAGUGUGCAGACAAUUGGGCUUCAUUGGAGCUUCUGGCUUCAAGAGAAAGGCCGAGACGUUCGGCCAAGGCACAGGUGCUAUCCUUCUGGACAAUGUGAACUGUGUAGGCAACGAAGCUUCAAUCGUGGAUUGCCCGAUGAACGAUAUCGGGGAUGAAGAUUGCACUCACUCUGAGGAUGCUGGAGUGAUAUGUCGCGUGCCGGUGCGACUUGCCGGAUCAGGUAGCUCCGCCAAUCAAGGUCGAGUUGAGGUCUAUGCCGAAGGGCAAUGGGGAACAGUGUGCGACGAUCAUUGGGGGCAGGAAGAUGCUAAUGUAGUGUGCAGGCAGUUGGGCUUCCCUGGAGCUUCUGACUUCACGAGAAUGGCCGAGACGUUCGGCGAAGGCACAGGUGCUAUCCUUCUGGACAAUGUGAACUGUGUAGGCAACGAAGCUUCAAUCGUGGAUUGCCGGAUGAACGAUAUCGGGGAUGAAGAUUGCACUCACUCUGAGGAUGCUGGAGUGAUAUGUCGCGCCAUCCGGGUUGCAGGUGCCAAAAAGAUCGAGGGAUUAGGGUGGGGCAUAGUCGAGGUCUACCGCGAUGGGCAAUGGGGAACAGUGUGUGGCGUUGGAUUUACCGAAAUGGAUACUAAUGUCGCCUGCCGGCAGCUGGGCUUCCCUACCCCUUCCUCUUACUACUUUAGGCAUGACCAAAUGAAGUUCUUUGGCGCUGGAACUGGACCGAUUUCGCUCACUGGUGUUACUUGUCAGGGCGACGAGGCAUCAAUCAUGGACUGUGAUUUAAGUUCCACCGCUAUGGCUGCCUGUACCCACGCAGUAGACGCCGAGGUCUUGUGUAAACCAGCUACUAGAAAGCGCGAAGGGGAGGAUAUGGAGACUAUUCACAAAAUACAAGAACAGUUGUCUGCUGCAGAAGUAUCCGUUGCCCAAGAGGAGAAGAAAGAUGUCCUCCAGGCUGAUCUAACGAUUGCUGCUGCACCAGUAUCCGAUGGCAAAAAUGAUGAAGACUUGAAGGAGAAAGAUGUCCUCCAGGCUCUAUCAGAUCUCCUGGCCGAACUCAAGGACAAAUAGAUGAUAUAAGGCAGCGGACACACUGAACUUGGGGCGGACUGGGAGCUAAGAUAUAUAGAGGCUUUUUUCUGCACGUUCGCUCGGCCGUUUAUUCAUUCACGGUUGGGUGAUG